AUAUGAAAUUCCGAAAUUAACUUUCGUAGUAUCACCUAGAAUCAAUUGUGGUCUAGUAUUUCAAUAGCCAUAGUCUUCACUUCAUACUCUUAAAGAGUUGUAACCUAGAAUUUGAUUACUAUUUUGUAUAAAGAAUGCCAAUGAGAUUAUGAGAUAAUUUCUUCCAGAUAGAUAAUGCAGAGAAGACUACCGUUCCUAGUUUGCAACCGUUACCAUGUACUCCCUACCCCAUUUUUCCGCCAACUAUCCCUUUCAUCCUUCCCGCCAAAUUCACCGGCUUUAACGUCUCUAUGCUCCAACGGUCCACUGAGAGAAGCCAUGGUCGAAAUGACCGUUCAAGGCCUUGACAUGAAGUUCGAAGGCUACUACACGCUCUUGAACGAGUGUGUAACCAGAAGGGCCUUGAGAGAAGGUCAAAGAGUCCAUGCCCACAUGAUCAAAACCUGUUAUCUUCCGCCGGUGCACCUCCGGACCCGGCUCAUUGUUUUCUAUAACAACUGUGAUUGUCUGGGCGAUGCACGCCGUGUGCUCGAUGAAAUGCCUCUGAGAAAUGUGGUGUCGUGGACGGCCAUGAUUUCGGCUUAUUCUAAGAGAGGGUACGCCUCCAAAGCCACCGAUCUUUUUCUACAGAUGUUAAGAUCUGAUGAGGGACCUAAUGAGUUCACGUUUGCAACGGUACUUACUUCAUGUACUGGUUCUUGGGGGUAUGACUUGGGCAGGCAAAUCCACUCUCUUAUAAUAAAAACAAAGUAUGAAUCGCAUAUAUUUGUUGGCAGCUCGCUUCUUGACAUGUAUGCCAAAGCUGGUAGAAUGCUUGAAGCGAGACGAGUUUUUGACAGCUUGCCUGAAAGGGAUGUUGUCUCUUGUACAGCUAUAAUCUCUGGCUAUGCCCAGCAGGGUCUUGAUGAAGAGGCUUUGGAGCUGUUCCGGCAGUUGCAGAGGGAAGGAAUGACUGCGAAUUAUGUCACUUAUGCCAGUGUUUUGACGGCAUUAUCAGGGCUUGCUGCUUUGGACCUUGGCAGGCAAGUUCACAACCAUGUGCUUCGUUGUGAAGUGCCUUCAUAUGUGGUUCUUCAGAACUCCCUGAUUGAUAUGUACUCAAAAUGUGGAAAGCUAAGUUACUCAAGACGAGUUUUUGAUACCAUGCCCGAGAGAACUGUUAUCUCAUGGAAUGCAAUGCUCGUAGGGUAUAGUAAACAUGGAAUGGGAGAAGAGGUGGUUAAGCUUUUCAAGCUAAUGAGAGAAGAAAAUAAAAUCAGACCAGACAGCGUCACUUUUUUGGCUGUUUUAUCUGGUUGCAGUCAUGGAGGAAUGGAAGACAGAGGGAUGGAAUUCUUUUAUGAGAUGGCGAGAGGGGACAAUGGAAUUGAGCCAGAGCUUGAGCAUUAUGGAUGUGUUGUUGAUCUGCUUGGCCGUUCUGGUCGAGUUGAAGAAGCCUUUGAAUUCAUUAAAAAGAUGCCUUCUGAGCCAACUGCUGCUAUAUGGGGUUCCCUUUUAGGUGCUUGUAGAGUUCACUCCAAUGUUAAAAUUGGUGAAUUUGUGGGUUUUCGGCUUCUAGAAAUUGAAUCUGAAAAUGCUGGGAAUUACGUCAUUCUUUCUAAUUUAUUUGCUUCUGCAGGGAGAUGGGAAGAUGUAAGAACAGUAAGGGAAUUAAUGACAAAGAAAGCUGUGAUAAAGGAGCCAGGAAGAAGUUGGAUUGAGCUUGACCAAGUCCUUCAUACUUUUCAUGCAAGUGAUCGCUCCCAUCCCAGAAGGGAAGAGGUAUCUGCAAAGGUGAGAGAGAUAUCAGCAAAGUUAAAGGAAGUUGGUUACUCUCCUGAUAUGGGUUGUGUUUUAUAUGAUGUGGAUGAGGAGCAGAAGGAGAAGAUACUUCUAGGCCACAGUGAAAAGAUGGCUUUGGCUUUUGGGCUUAUUGCUACUCCUGAAGGUGUGCCAGUCCGUGUGAUAAAAAAUCUUCGCAUUUGUGUUGAUUGCCAUAAUUUUGGGAAACUUGUCUCGAAGGUUUAUGGAAGAGAAGUGUCUUUGAGAGAUAAAAACCGGUUUCAUCACAUGGUUGGAGGGAUUUGCUCUUGUGGAGAUUACUGGUGAGUCUUGAAGAUUCAUACUGGGAAAUUAAAAAUAUGAAUGUCUCACUUCAGAAUGGAACUUGAGCAUAUAUGGCCAUGCAGCAAUGUUGACAUAAAAAAGUCCAAAAUCAUGUCAGGACUGGCAUACUUGGUUUCUGAGAUGAAAAAGAAAAAUGUGGGAGCAAACUGGUCAUGCGCGUUGGCCAAUUGGAAGAUCAUCUGAAGUACAAGUUAUGCUCUUCCAUGUUGUCUGAACGCUCCUAAGUUAUUAUUGAAUGGGGGCAUUGGAGAGGAUUAUUUUGUUUGAGACUAACAAAUGCAAACAGCAGUCUAGAAGAUGCACCCUUCAUGCCUAAACAUGAUUUCACUGAAGUUUGAAAAGUCCUGUCAUCGAAUUAGAUUUUGGAAACCUUUCAUUGAUUUGAUAGAACAUUAAGGCAGUGUCAAGGGAAAGUGCAUUUGAAGUUUGAACUGUUUGCGUCAAUAGCAUCGUGAAUAUAAACAUGCUGCAACUUGAUGUCCAAUUGGGAGAAAAAACUGGUGAACCUACUUGAGUAGUGGAGCAUGGUGCUCUUCCAUGAUCUUCCAAACUAGUGAACCUACUAACAAAGUAUCUACAGAAAGUAUCAAGCUCGUUACUUGAAUAGCUUACUUGGUAUUCACAGCAGCCAACUGUCAUGGCUCAGCCGAUCUGGAGAAGUAGCAAGCUUGAUACUUGCUGUUAGCUUUGUUAGCCUAAUUAUUCUAUACACUGAGCCUAUAGAAAGGCAUAUGAAUUGCAAUUUUGAUUCAACA